UAGAGCCUAUUGAACAACCGCCCAUUUUCAGUUGAUGAAUAUUUUCUUUCUUUACGUCUAUAUUUGUCUGUCAAACAGACGGAUGAAAAGGAAUUAAGACGAACUCUUUUUGGACACAUUAACAUCUAUUAGAAUCGUCUGUAGAACUUUUACGCGAAAUGAAUCGACAAAAUUUUGGUUAUAUAAGUAAAAUACAUUUUCUUCUUGGAUUAGUCACCGGAAUUAUGGCAGCUUUUUUAACAACAAUGAUCAUCUUUCAACCUCAUUUUCAAAAUACAAAAUCCUCAACGUCUAAAACAAUUGAUUCACUCUUUGAAUUAAGACCAAUGGCGAAGAUAUCAGGUAGAUUAUCUGAUUUUUUGAAGUAUGACAACACACACAGCACAUCAAGUCAAACCACAACCAAGAACCAUAUUGACGACAAACAUAUGCACCAUGAUAAUGACACUACAGCCAAAGAUCUAGAAAAAAGAAUUCGGGUGUUAUGUUGGGUAAUGACAAGUCCUCAAAACCUGGAGAAAAAAGCCAUUCAUGUUAAAAAGACAUGGGGAAAAAGGUGCAAUAUAUUACUUUCUAUGAGCUCCGUCACAAAUCAAACUUUCCCAACUAUUGGUCUGAACGUUUCAGAAGGUAGAGAACAUCUCACUGCAAAGACCGUUCGUGCAUUUAAAUACGUAUAUGAACAUUAUAGGGAUAAGGCAGAUUGGUUUAUGAAAGCCGAUGAUGAUACAUAUGUUAUUCUGGAAAAUUUAAGGUAUUUUCUGAAAGACUUUAAUACAAGUGAUCCUGUUUAUUUCGGACAACAUUUUACGGCUUUCGUUAAACAGGGAUAUCUGAGUGGAGGGGCGGGCUAUGUUUUAAGUAAGGAAGCAUUAAUAAGAUUUGCUACAGAGGGAAAUGAUUCUACAGUAUGCAAGCAACAUGGAACAAAUGAAGAUGUCGAUAUGGGUGAAUGUAUGGAAAACAUUGGUGUUAAGGUUGGCAACUCCAUUGAUGCACUAGGUCGAAGUAGAUUCCACUGUUUUGUCCUGGAACAUCAUUUGAAAGGAAAUUAUCCCAAAUGGUAUUACAGUUUUGAUGCAAAUGGCUCUCAAAAGGGUACGGAUAGUAUCAGUGACUAUGCAAUAUCAUUUCACUAUAUCUCACCAGAACAAAUGCAUGUAUUAGAUUUUUUUAUUUACCAUUUAAGACCUUAUGGUAUAUAUUCUGGCGAGCAGCAACUGAAUGAACAUAAAUAAUGUACACCGAAAUAAAUGUUUUAUGCAUGUGGGUAGAAGCAAAAUAUUAAUGGGGUUACAAAGACUGUUUUGUAUUAUAUCAAAUUCAGUUCAUA